GGUGGGGGAGUUCAGAGGUGGCAGACAAUCAGACCCUUCAGUCAUGCUGUCGGGGGUUCAGCCAUGCUUCCAGUUGCUCCGGAUCGGUUCAUCGACGGGUGACUCCGCACGGGACCUGUACACAUUCAGGCCGGCUCUGAGCCAUUGCGUGUUCCGCCUGGGCCGAGCGGCGGAGCUGUGCGACGUCACGCUGGACUCUGCGUCGGUGUCCCGCAUCCACGCAGAGCUGCACGCCGAGAGGGAGGCGAGCGGAGAGGACGCAACUCCGCAGGAGGAGGGCUGGAUGGUUCACAUCAAGGAUAGGAGCAGUCAUGGCACCUGGGUCAACGAGGUCCGCCUCCAGCCCGGCGUCCAGUGGGAGCUCUCAGAUGGUGACACGUUGACCUUUGGUGGCCAGUCGCCUCCAGGGAGCCCUGAAUUCUACUUCCUCUUCCAGAAGGUCAAAGUUCGCCCGCUGGACUUCGACGCCAUCACAAUCCCCAAGGCGGGAACCUUUUCCUCUGACUUACAGAACCGGAUCAGGACCAACCUGGACCGUAAGGUGGCGACCAACCUGGACCUGUCCAAGCUGUCCAUCAACCGGGCCACCGUCAUCCUCAACUCCAUCGGCAGCCUCAGUAAGAUGAAGGGCAGCGCCUGGACCUUCAAGAGGAGCUUCAGCCACGAGGGGACCGUCUCAGACCCCGGCUCCUCCUCCUCGCCGCCUCUCACCGUGGGCUUCUCCUCUCUGCUCCCUCCCUCCACCCCUCCAUCGUUCUCCUCCGCAGUGUCGGCGCCCUCAGCGAAGUCCCUCCCACUGACCUCCAGGAGCAGGAGGAAGUCGGCUCACACAGUGCUGCUCGAGGACGACAGCUCAGACGAGCCCAGGAGUCGAGGAGUUCUGGCAGGAGUUCCUGACGACGGACAGAGAGCAAGAGGGAAGAAGAGGCGGCGGCUCUACAAGUCUGAGUCAGAGAGUUUCAGUUCUCCUCCUCCCAUGCCGCUGCAGCCCAAGAGCCACAACGACAUGAGGCGGCCACUGGAGGCCAAGCCCUUCCCCGUUGGCAUCAGGACCAUCGGCAGCUUCCAUGGCGCCAUGACCAACAGCAGACUCAACCACCACCUCCUCCAGGCGUCGUUCACCAAUGCCACCGUUCACAAACAAGAGGUGGAGACGAUGCACCGCAUCAAGACGGUGGUGCAGGGAAACAUCGCCGCUUUCCGCCAACAGAAACCCGCCCAUUGUUCUCCGAUGGCGCAGAGGGGCAGGCGGAGGGCUCACAGCUCUCCGGUGUUCUCCCCUCUGGUGGUGGGGGGGGAGAACUACAGCCUGGCCUCGCCUUCAAUGAGGAUCCGCACAGAGGAGAGAGGGAGGGUCCAGUUCAACAGGUUUCACCAUCAAACAAGUAAACGACGAGGCCGCCCCAGGAAACACCCCCUCCCGCCCCGGCCGUCCCUGCCCUCUCCAUCCUCCUCAUCCUCCUCUUCCACCUCCUCGGCCUCCUCCUCCUCCGGCUCCUCCUCCUCCUCCUCUGAGGACGAGGACGAUGACGAAGACGAAGAAGACGAGGAGGAUGAGGAGGAGGAGAUGGUGGCGGUCGGGGCGGUGGAGCCGUGCGCGGCCCCCCGGUGUCGGCUGCCCCAGCAGGACACGGUUCAGUGGAUCCAGUGCGAUGUGUGCGACGCCUGGUAUCACAUAGACUGUCUCCAUGGUGACCGCAAGAAGCUGCUGGUGGAUCCGAAUGCCGACUUCCACUGUGGCUGUUGCUGAGAGCAGAGAGACAGUUUGUGACCAUCAAAUAAAUUGGACGUUAAAGUUUCCCCUUAAUGUGUAUUUCCUUCAGACACGAAGGAAUCAUCAGACUUUUCACAGACGACAAGAGACGACUUCCUCUGAUGCUGCUGCUCCUCUCAAGCAUCUAGUGCUUUUCUCUUCCCUCAGCAGCAGCUGGCGAGGGCGGGAAAAAGACUUUCCUUUAAAUGAUGUUCCCAGGUUUGAGGAUUUGUGCCCUAACAGCCACAACUGUUUCACCAACCUCUCGUUCACUCAGAGUCAGGAUUUGAAUGAGGAGGUGAAACUGCAGUGAAACAUCUUGGAUCAGAUUUCAUUAUGGCUUUUGGUGCCUGGAGAGGUGCGAUCAGGGUGGGGGGUGGGGCAUGAUGAAAUGUUUCUGAGUACAUUCCCACCGUGGCUGAUGUUGACCAGAGGCAGCGUUUAGGAGGAUUAAUGUUUGAGAUCAGGCUGCCACAGCAACAGUCUCUACAAGCCCAUUAAACUUCCUCAGACGUCUCAGUGCAGCCACCUUCAUUAUUUUACCAAACAGCUCCAUUUUUUUUCAGAGCAGAAUUGGACUUUCCACCCCCUACCCUACCCCCGAAAGAAAACAGUGCUGAGACGGUGGUUUCCACCUCAGCUAUAAUAAAAGUCGAUGAAAUGUUGGAGUGCAGCAGCAGCUGUCUGGGAGCGAGUGUGUGAUGUUUAAAGAUUAAUUAAACGGCAGGAAAUGUGUCAGCAGACCUGUGUUGUUGCUGCUGAUGAGGGAAGCUCUUGGGACAAUAAUCAAAUGUUUGAAGGCGCUUCUGCAGCAGAAGCAGCUGCUGGAGUUUGGAGGGUUGGAGGUGUGUUGUAAGAUGUGCAAGUGCAGACUACAGCUGGUCGGGGAGAAAUGUCACCAAAUAUCUUCUGCUGAUGUAACAGGAUGAACAGAUUCAGAACAGGAUGUCAAGUCUUUGUGACGGAUCAUUUGAACGUCUCUUCACACUACUGAACUCUGAGGAUGUUUUUGUCCUGGAUGAAAUGAACUGAACAGUAGACUAACACGUUAUCUUUGCUCAGGUCGCCGUUUGAGUAGAAGAAGUUCUUCUUAUAAGCACCUUUUCUUUUCACCAGGACAAAAACUACGGUGGCCCUGAAGCUCAACACACUGCAACUGAAGAAGCCACAUGCAAACAGUCAAAACACAAACAUUCAGAAAAUAUCUUCAUCACAACCAGGUUCAUCACUUUUCAGUGUCCCCUGGAAACACUUGUGUUGUGUUGUGUUGUGAGUAUUUGCAGCACGUUUUUGAAUUGAUGAUGUUUUCUGAGUUUGUUUGUGUUUUGUCUGUUUGAAUGUGCAUUCUUUAGUUGCAGUGCGUUGAGCUUCAGGGCCACUGUAAAAAAGUUUCUAAAAUUGCGUUUUUUUACCUUCUGUCCUGCUUUUAUAAUCUCUGUAAUAGUUGUGACUCAGAGCAAUUCAGAUAAUGACAGUGUUAAAGCAAAAAAAAAAAAAAAAGUUUGGACCUGCAGUUUUUGGAGUGAUAGUAAAAGUGGAAAACCUGAUUCUUGAGCAAUAAAACAGGAAAAAAACUAAAAAAAAUCUCUAAAGAUGUAUAUUUUUAAUUCCUUAAUGACAUUAUCAAAUCAGAUUUCCUCCAUGUUUGGCUUCACUGAGGCCUGGAGAUGGUUUACUACCUGCUACUUCACUGUCUCUCAGCAGGACGAUGAGCUGUGGUGAUUGGUUAAGCAGUUGCAAAGACUGUGUUAGAAAGUUGAGGAGAAACUGGUCUGGGUUCAGUCUCUCUUCAGUUCAGUGGAUUAACUUUGCAUGUGUUUUAAUGGAUUUAAUAAAUGCAGUGUCACCAGCUGAAAGACUGCAUGUGAAAAUAGCCAAACCUCACUGCAGUAAUACCAUAUCAUUUAUAUAGGACAUAACAAUAUCAUAAUGCAGAUUUUAAAGAACAGUGGUUACACAAAUGUAAAAGAAAAAAGUUGGGUUUUAAUUUUUCUCUGUUGAUCUCUCGUCAUUUGUUUUGUACGUCUUAAAAAAUGGAUUUUAUUUGCAGGUUCAUCCACCAGAGUGUUUCCUCUUUGUCUCAGAUUUUGAGCUCUAAAGAUAUUUAAAUGCCUGUUUAUGUCUUCUGGGGUUUACUAAGAUAAAAUGUGUUGUCUCCACCACAUCACUCAUGCUGACAGAGCGAUACUCUGUAAUUACAGACGAGAUAAAAUUGGUUCACAAAAUGUUCGGAGCAGAAAGAAGACGAGACCUGUGUGACGUGGAAAAUGUUUUUUUUUCUCGAUUUUUCUCUGAUUCAACAAUGCAGCUUCAAAGACUCAGACUCGCACUGAAGCCUCAGUUCAUUCAACCCGUCGCUCUGCUGUUACAUCACGCUGUCAACAAUUUGAGGCGAUGCAGACGCACUAAAGAUCAACCUGUGGUCCACACGGAAGCCAAUUAUCAAGGCGAAAACAUGCAGCUGUUUUAUUUGUUCAUUCAUCGAUUUGGUAAAAAUAGAAAAUAUAAUCAGUUUAAAUGAUGAUGGAAAUAAUUGUUAGCUGUUUUGCUGAAAAUCGCUUGACAAAUGAUUUCAGUCGAGCUUCCAACAGCUGAUAUUUUGUGAUAAUCAGAAAGGUGUAAAAAUCAUUUGUUCCCCUCAGUGUUCAACAGUUUUUUAUCAUCUGUAAGAGGCAGAGAAAAGCAGGGAUACACAACCAGGAAUUAGUUGAACAGUCAACUGGAUACAUGCAUAAGUGGCUGCUAACGUUUAAUAAAUCCGCCUGACAUAUUGAUUAACUCAUUACUAACAGCUGCGAUAUUUUCCAUUUGCACUGCCUCAAAGAGAAGCGUCUCUCUCGCCACGUCUCACAACUGAUUAAAUCAAGUUUGUGGCCGACUUAUUUUUUUGAUCAUCACACUGUUGCGGUCGCCUCAUUGUCUCAGCCGUUUCAAAUGUCAACACACAGGCGUUGACAUUUUUACAGCCAGUUAAUUCUGUUUAACGUUGGAAAAACCCCAAAGAACAGCGGAGGGGUGGGACGAAAGCAGCCUGUGUGAAUCAGGAUGUUCUUCCAUAAAUCGCUUCCUCUCGCACUUUUCAAUCUAAAGUUCACAGGACUCCUCUUCCUCACUGCCUUCACAUUAAUUAUCACAUUAAAAUGCAGAAGCACAACACAGUUUGACUCUGCGUCAUCUCUGCGAUGCGAUCAGCAUCAAAGUUAUCAGAGAAGA